AGAUAGGGAGUUAUUUUGACUCAUUGCAGAAUAGCUGGCUUCCAGAAAGUUCACGUGUUUAGUUUGUUUUUCUCUCGGAUUCACGUCGAGAUAAAAAUAUUAAAGGCAUCACUGCACGGUGUUUACACUCUGGCCUGAAUAAUAAACAUUCAUGUGCGAUUUAUAGCUUUAUUCAUUGUAUGAGUUGCAUUUCAGCAGGUUUUAGCGUACGUAGGUUUGGUAUUCCCAGAAAGUUCCGUUGGAUCUGGGGUUUACAGGGCUGCUGCUGCUGCUGCCUUAGGGCUCGCGAUCAGUUUCCUGGUACAUAGUUUUCUUUGGUGCAAAAAAAUAUAAAGUAUCUGGUGUGGCCUCCUUGCGUGGAAAUGACUGCACUGAAACUUUUCCGGUAAUGGUGGAUCAGUCCUGCACAUCGGAUUGGAGAUGUUGCUGAAAGUGGGAGGGAUGCGUGCCGCUCUGGGUGUGUUGGCGGUGCGCAGGGCCUGCUGUCUGUCCCGCUUCGCUCAUACGUCACCACAGACAGUGGAGUACAAACCCAUUAAAAAAGUCAUGGUUGCCAACAGAGGAGAGAUUGCGAUCAGAGUGUUCCGGGCGUGUACAGAGCUGGGAAUCCGGACGGUGGCCGUGUACUCAGAGCAGGACAUCGGACAGAUGCACAGACAGAAGGCAGACGAGGCCUACCUCAUAGGAAAGGGCCUGGCACCUGUCGCUGCUUAUCUCCACAUACCCGACAUCAUCAAAGUGGCCAAGGAGAAUGACGUGGACGCUAUCCAUCCAGGCUAUGGCUUUCUGUCCGAGAGGGCCGAUUUUGCUCAGGCAUGUGCCGACGCUGGUGUGCGCUUUAUCGGUCCAACUCCUGAGGUGGUUCGUAAGAUGGGUGACAAGGUGGAGGCUCGUGCCAUUGCUAUCCAUGCUGGUGUGCCAGUGGUCCCUGGAACAGACGCUCCUAUCUCCUCCUUGCAGGAAGCGCAGGAGUUCUCCAACACGUAUGGUUUCCCAAUCAUUUUCAAGGCGGCGUAUGGGGGCGGGGGCCGAGGCAUGCGGGUGGUGCGGGAGUACGAGGAGCUGGAAGAAAGCUACCAGCGGGCCUACUCUGAAGCCCUGGCUGCUUUUGGCAAUGGAGCCCUGUUUGUGGAGAAAUUCAUUGAGAAGCCAAGGCACAUUGAAGUGCAAAUCCUGGGCGAUAAGUACGGGAACGUGAUUCACCUGUACGAAAGGGACUGCUCUAUCCAGAGGAGACACCAGAAGGUGGUAGAGAUCGCCCCAGCCACACAGUUAGACCCCCACCUCCGAGACAGACUAACCGCAGACUCUGUGAACCUGGCCAAACAGGUCGGCUAUGAGAACGCUGGCACAGUUGAGUUCCUGGUGGAUAAGAAUGGAAAACACUAUUUCAUCGAGGUGAACUCUCGUCUCCAGGUGGAGCACACAGUUACUGAGGAGAUCACAGAUGUGGACUUGGUGCAUGCUCAGCUGCGGGUGUGUGAAGGCUGCAGCCUGCCCGAGCUGGGCCUAAAGCAGGAUAAAAUCAAGAUUAACGGCUCUGCCAUCCAAUGCCGUGUGACCACAGAGGACCCUGCGCGGGGCUUCCAGCCGGACACAGGGAGACUCGAGGUUUUUCGCAGCGGUGAAGGGAUGGGCAUUCGGCUAGACAGCGCCUCUGCCUUCCAGGGCGCUGUGAUCUCCCCACACUACGAUUCUCUCCUGGUUAAAGUCAUUGCCAGCGGUAAGGACCUCCCUGCUGCCGCUGCCAAAAUGAGCCGGGCCCUCGCAGAGUUCCGCGUGCGUGGGGUCAAGACAAAUAUCCCUUUCCUCCAGAACGUACUGAGCAACGACCAGUUUCUUUAUGGCACCGUGGAUACGCAGUUCAUCGACGAGAACCAGGACCUUUUCAACCUCAAACCUGUUCAGAACCGAGCCCAGAAACUCCUGCAUUAUCUGGGGCACGUCAUGGUGAAUGGUCCAACGACUCCCAUCCCUGUAAAGGCCAAGCCUUCCUCCAUUGAUCCAGUCGUCCCAGCAGUGUCUCUCAGAGCCCCGCCAACAGGUUUUAGGGAUGUGCUGCUGAAAGAAGGCCCUGAAGGCUUUGCCAAGGCGGUACGUGCCCACAAAGGUCUGCUACUGAUGGACACGACCUUCAGAGAUGCCCACCAGUCCCUCCUGGCCACUCGGGUGCGCACUCAUGACCUUAAAAAGAUUGCACCCUUUGUGGCUCACAACUUCAGCAACCUCUUCAGCGUGGAAAACUGGGGAGGUGCUACAUUUGAUGUAGCAAUGCGCUUCUUAUGCGAGUGUCCUUGGAAGAGAUUGCAGGAGCUGAGGUCUCUGAUCCCCAACGUGCCUUUCCAGAUGCUUCUGAGAGGAGCCAAUGCUGUGGGAUACACAAACUACCCAGACAACGCAGUCUACAAGUUCUGCGAGGUGGCCAAAGAGAACGGCAUGGACAUCUUCCGUGUCUUUGACUCUCUGAACUACCUCCCAAACAUGCUGCUGGGAAUGGAGGCAGCUGGCGCAGCGGGAGGUGUGGUGGAAGCAGCCAUCUCAUACACAGGCGACGUCUCUGACCCCAUGAGACAGAAAUACUCUCUGGAUUACUACCUGAAGCUGGCUGACGAGCUUGUGAAGGCUGGCACGCACAUACUUUGCAUCAAGGACAUGGCCGGGUUGCUGAAACCAGAAGCUAGCCACUUGCUGAUUGGUGCACUGAGGGAUCGUUUUCCUGACACGCCCAUUCACGUGCACACUCAUGACACGGCGGGCGCCGGCGUGGCAGCCAUGUUGGCGUGUGCUGAAGCCGGAGCUGACAUCGUUGACGUUGCAGCGGACUCCAUGGCUGGCAUGACAUCCCAGCCGAGCAUGGGCGCCAUCGUCGCCUGCACCAAGGGAAACAAACACAACACGGGCAUAUCUCUGGAUAAGGUCUUUGACUACAGUGAGUACUGGGAAGUGGCCCGUGGUCUUUAUGCUCCGUUUGACUGCACAGCCACUAUGAAAUCCGGGAACGCAGAUGUCUACGAGAACGAGAUCCCGGGAGGCCAAUACACCAACCUGCACUUUCAGGCUCACAGCAUGGGCCUAGGCAACAAGUUCAAGGAGGUGAAGAAAGCCUAUGCUGAGGCCAACAAACUGCUGGGAGACCUCAUCAAGGUGACCCCCUCUUCGAAGAUCGUGGGCGAUCUGGCACAGUUCAUGGUGCAGAACUCCCUGGCACGGGCGGAGGUAGAAGAGCGGGCCGAUGAGCUCUCGUUCCCUCUCUCGGUGGUGGAGUUCCUACAGGGCCACAUUGGAAUCCCCCACGGAGGCUUCCCUGAGCCGUUCAGGUCAAAGGUGUUGAAAUCGCUGCCUCGGAUUGAGGGUCGUCCAGGGGCUUCGCUCCCGCCGAUGGACUUCGAGGCUUUGGAGAAGCAGCUACGAGAGACGCAUGGUGAUGACAUCACUCCAGAGGAUGUGAUGUCGGCAGCCAUGUACCCCAAAGUGUUCCAGGAGUUCAAGGAGUUCACCACCACCUUCGGGCCUGUCGACUGCCUCAACACCCGCCUUUUCCUGGACGGGCCGAAGAUUGCAGAGGAGUUUGAGGUGGAGCUGGAGAGAGGGAAGAUUCUCCAUAUUAAAGCUCUGGCACUGGGGGAUCUAAACAAGGCUGGUCAAAGAGAGGUCUUCUUCGAGCUCAAUGGCCAGCUGAGGUCUGUCCUGGUCAGAGACACCGUGGCCCUGAAGGAGAUGCAUUUCCACCCAAAGGCUCUGAAGGACGUACGAGGCCAGGUAGGAGCACCCAUGCCAGGGAAAGUGGUUGAGAUCAAGGUCAAGGAGGGCCAGAAGGUUGAGAAAGGACAGCCUCUGUGCGUCCUCAGCGCCAUGAAGAUGGAGACAGUGGUGAACUCGCCGCUUUCCGGCACCGUGGCUAAAGUUUACGUCAAAGUCGACAGCAACCUGGAAGGAGAUGAUCUCAUUCUGGAGAUCACAGAGUAAACGGAGCGACGUCACAUAACAUCCAGGAUGUUGUACACACACUAAACAAAUGCGCACACACAUUUUGAAGCGAACGUAUGCACAGAUUUUGGAAUUGACAGAGGGACAGCGUUCAAUAUUUAGUCUUACAUGACCUACACGUAGUUAUUACCUAAUGUAUCCGAAAUUUAGUGUUUGUGCUCCGGGUGCGGAAGAGUUCUUGUUUCUGUGUCAUCUGAAUCUGUUUUACAUAAUCACCUGUCAUGUGUAAUCACCAGAGCUAAUGAUCCAUGAGCUGGAAACUAGAGUUACAUUAACAUGGAGUGUCUCUGUUAAUGCUGAUGUCAUUAUGUCUUAGAAAUAUGCAGAAAUAGGAUUGUCGCGGUAAAGAGAUGUUUAAUUAAGAAAAAAAAAUCAAGCAAUAAAUGAAAAGGGUGUAUUUAUGAGUAGACUCAAAUUUGCACAAAAAUAAAUCUAAAAAAAUAUAAAUAGCAUCUAAUUUCUUGUAACGUAACCUUUUGGGUGUUGCCUUUAAUCCCAAAUUAACCAAAAGAGACAAAGUUGCCGGCGUAACCCGUAGCUUUGCUUUCUCUUUUUCUGUUUAGUUAAGACCAUUUCAGAUUUUUUUUUUUUUAAUUGUUGGGUAACACAAUUCCAAUUCAUUGGAAAAAUAUUAAUUUAUAAAGUGAAAUAAUGUCAUGGAGAAUAUGAUGUAUGGCCUUGUUAGCACUGAGAGCUCUGCUGCGGUUUACCCAGAAUGCAUUAGUCAGAACUAAAGAGUUGGCUGGCUCGCCAUUGAUGCAUUCUUGGCUGAGUUUCAAUUAUCACAAUGAGCAUUGGUGAUGAGAUGAGGUCCACUGAAACACUGGCGGGUCAGCAGGAACCUCACUCCCUGAUGCUGAAAUCAAAUUAUUUCCAAUCUUCCCCUGAAUGUGAAUCACACCAAUCCUGUUACAUUCCUCCUGGGAUCAGGUGCACCAUGUUUUUUUUUUUUUUGGUCUGCAGAGCCACAUCCUUUGGCGUACUUUCCUUUCCUGUCGCUCACUACAGCACUGCCACUGAAGGUUUCUCAUUUGAAGUGUUAUCUUUUUGUAGCCGGGAAUUAAAUGUGAGGUUUGCAAGAGAAGUCUAUGGAGAGCACUCGACACCACGCAUUCAUGCACUCGAAUAGUGGCGAAUUGGUAAUCCAUUAGGCAACAUCUGGAGUGCCUCAGCUUCGGCAGUGGAGUACUGUUAAAUUGGGAACUAACGUUUGAUCACUUGCUGUCUUUUAACCUCUUAACAUUAACAUCUCAACACCGCUGAAGAGGUCUGGUGUUGCCAUGUUAACCAUGCUAGUUUUAGGAGAAAGACGCAACUUGUGUGUUACAACUACAAGUUGAUGAUAUCGUCGAACUGAACGGUGUGUUCGUGAACGAUAAUCUGGAAUGGCUGCCAAAGGGAUUUUCAACCUAAUUUCCCUCCACGGCGUCUAUUUCCAUUCGUUUCCCGGUGCUGAGAAAUCAGCACCUACCGUAAACUGAAAAAAAUUAGCUGAAACUCAUAACUGGUGUCUAAGGACAGUUUUUAUUAAAUUCUGUCAAACAAUUUUAAGAGUGUAAGAACUGCAACUAUCUACUUGAUAAUAAAUAAUACUUUAUCAAAUGACGUAUCUGACUUGAUGCGCUCCACCAUUUUGUUUUUCUCUACUCAUGGUAUACGAGAGGGCGGCACGGUGGUGUAGUGGUUAGCGCUGUCGCCUCACAGCAAGAAGGUCCGGGUUCGAGCCCCGUGGCCGGCGAGGGCCUUUCUGCGUGGAGUUUGCAUGUUCUUCCCGUGUCCGCGUGGGUUUCCUCCGGGUGCUCUGGUUUCCCCCACAGUCCAAAGACAUGCAGGUUAGGUUAACUGGUGACUCUAAAUUGACCGUAGGUGUGAAUGUGAGUGUGAAUGGUUGUCUGUGUCUAUGUAUCAGCCCUGUGAUGACCUGGCGACUUGUCCAGGGUGUACCCCGCCUUUCGCCCGUAGUCAGCUGGGAUAGGUUCCAGCUUGCCUGCGACCCUGUAGGACAGGAUAAAGCGGCUAGAGAUGAUAUGAGAUGGUAUACGAGCUGAUAUCCUAACAGUAGGGUAGCCAAUCAGAGCGUACGAUUGCUCAUAUCCGGUGAAUAGAAUAAAUAAAAGUAGUCUAUCCACAUUCACUGGAUAUGAGCAAUCACGUGCUCUGAUUGGCUACUCUACUGUUAGGAUAUCAGCUUGUAUACCGUGAGUAGAGAAAAACAAAAUGGCAUCAAUAUCAUUAUAUGGCACAAGAUAAAUCCUGACAGAGGAAGUCAAGAUGGAAUGUGAAGACUAGUUAAAACAGUAGAGUAGGCAGAGUAGAUUUCCAGAUAUGAGCAAUCGCACGCUCUGAUUGGCUACUCUACUGUUAGGAUAUCAGCUCGUAUACCAGUAAAAUCCUGCACUCUGAUUGGCUCCUUGGUGGACAGAAUUUUCCCGUAACAUCCCUGAGCGAUUUACGGACUUUCUUUCCAAGGCGCCGGCUUUCGAUGUUGCAAAAAAACAAAAUGGAAUAAAAAUGGCCAAAAGACAAACAAGUCACCGAGUUAUUCAAGAAAUAAGCGACAAGGAGCAUUCAGAAACCGCUAACAGAAAUUUAGCUUUGAAACCACUGGCUGUUGAUUCCGCAUGCGUGACUCAACUACGUUACAAAUAUGACGGGACUGAAAGCAUCACCAUGCCUCAUUAUAAUGACCAUCUAUUUUAAUCUUAGAAAUAAAAAAGCCAUGUAGUAAACUCCUUAUUAAUCUCACUUGCUCGGUCUUUACAGGAAAAUAUCAGGCCUGUGGCUCGGUCCGUACUGUCAAGACCUCGGUCUGAUAUUUUCCUGUGAAGACCUCAUGCUCAGUUAAUAAGUAGUAAAUAAUGGAGCAAUUAUAUGAGAGAUAUUUGAAGUCUUACCAAAGCUACUCUUAUGCAGAUUUAUAUCGACUUCAAACACUUGGCACAAUAUAACAGGAAGCAGUUUUGUUUUAUUAAUUUCCUGAAGAUUUGUGGUAUCCAGGAGCAAUCUGGUGGAAAGGUAUGACUAACUGUUGCUGUAAAAUGUCCGACGUAGAUGUUAUAGGUCAAAAAAUUUCAACCUAGGUGAUCUUUUUUGACCUGGGUUAAAAAUUUUUUUUACCUAGUUCAUAAUUUCCAGCGUAGAUUAAAUUUUGGAUUGUCUAAGAUUCUUAAAAGGGAUUUUCCAUCACUUCUUUUGUCUCUCUUUCUUCCAUCCACUUCCUCUCUGUCUACACCUACCUAGUAUUUCCUCUUGUCUGUCUGCUAUUCCUAUCUAGCUAUUUAGCAUUGUUUUGCAUAUCUUUUUUCAUACUUAUCCUGGAUUUGAGCUCAUAACCUUCGGAUUCUUAACCCAAUACCUUCACCAUUAGACCUGCGACAACUGCUAUAGAAAGACUGAAUUUUUUUUUUUUUUAGUCUUAUGACAAGUAGAAGUUGCAGAGAACCAUUUUCAAAAGCUACACUGUAAAUUCAACAAAAGAGGAACCAUAUACCACUAAACUGUGCAGGACCAAUGAUGGAGCCCUGAGGUACACCAUAAGUGUAAUUUAGUUCUAAAAGUCCAGUUAGUUGGGGAAGCCAUGUCCAAGUGGUUAAAGAAACAGCUUUGAGACCAGAAGGUCACUGGUUCUGUUCCCUGAACUAGCAGGAUUGGCUUGAGCAAGGCACCUAACCCCCAACUGCUCUGGCAAGAGUGGUGGUGUACCUUGUGUCUGAUUAGCCAAGGAAUCAGACACAAGGAAAAACUGGUGAUGCAAUUAUCAGUUCAGGCAAGAACGUGGCCAUAGUAGUAGUAUGGUUGUAAAGUGUUGUUAUUUGAGUUACUGUGGACAGUCUGGCCAUUUUUCUCUGUCCUGUGUGAUGUGAAGAAGCUCUUGACCUGUAUCUGCAUUUUAUGUCUCAUGACUGGCUGAUUGGAUAAUUGCACGAAUGAACAAGGGUAGUCUGGUGAGUGUAUGUGGUAGAUAGAUUGGGAUGAAAAUUUCUUGUAACACUGUGUGUGCUUAGUACUGGUUCUGUCAGUAGCUCAUACUGCCUUUAAACCAUUAAACCUGUUUACUAGUCAUACUGACGUGGCCUCUGCAUUAUACACCAUUCCAUACAUUACAUCACAGUGUGUAUAUUAUUAUGUUCUUGAGGUGAAGAAAGGCUUCUUUAUAGAUUUGAGAAAAAUCAAAACAGCUCUGGACUUCUCGACGUCAUGAAUGGUCAGUUGUUCUCAUCAUAUAGCAUUAACCGAUUUAACUGUUUUUUUUUUCCUAAAUAGGUUAAAUACAACCAAAAGAAAUGUUUUUCUGAAUAUGUAAUGAGAUUUUACUAAGCAAUUACUGUUGAUGUCCUGGUUUAUGAGGGUUUUACAAAUGGAACGGACAUGUUUCUAAAUUCCUGAGCUUGUUUCAAGGUGAAAUUCAGUGUAUCAGUAUACUAAAUUAGAAAUAUAUAUGCUUUAAUAAUCGGGAUCAUGCUGGACAGAAGUGGAACUAAUUUUACAGGCUUGUUAGGAAUCAUAGAUUUAAUAGGGUUUGUGGAAUUUUUUUUCUCGUUAAUGACUUGUUAAUGUUUAUCCAAAUACUAAUUCAUCAUAACAUGUUAGUUGAUACUGGAAAACAAAACUGAUAUGAAAUAAAAAGGAUAACACAUUG